UAUCCUCUGCCAUGUUUGCUGUCUGUAACAGCUGACAGAUGAAAACAUUUAUUUCGUGAUUUUUGUAAAUAUUAUAGAAAUUGAAAUGGAGGAGUCAGAGGAUCAGGAAAAGCUGUACAAAGAAGCCAACAAGAAAGUGAUAUUGGGUGAAGAACUAAAAAAAUCUCUUAAAGACUUUGAGGACCUUCCGGGAGUAAGCAAAGUGCAGCGAAAAAUUCAGCAGGAAUUAAAGUUUCUUAAUAAGGUGAUUUCCACAAAGUCCGUAAGGGAGCACCAUAUAACUAGUAGUAACUUUGUGUACUAUGAUUUUCUCAUUUAAACUCUGCGUUUGCAACAAGGAGUUGUUGAUAUCAAUGCCGUAUUCCGUCUGGAAUACAGGGAUAAUCCACUGAGGGUUGAUAUAGUGGCCAAUAACGGUCUAAAGUGGGUGAAGGUGAUAGCCAGAAAUUCGAAAUCCGUCGAGGAUGCGGCAAGGGGAUGUGUGAGCAUCGGAGCUAGGAGUGUUUUGGAUCAGGCGGAGGACUAUCUGGAGGCCAGUGAACUGAGUUUCUGCAUGUUCCAGAGGCCUAAGAUAGUGUUUUACUUCUCCAACAAAAUUGAGGAUUCCCUUCAUGAAGAACUUUUGGAAAUGGGCGUGCAAACAGCUUCCUUGGACUGUCCAGAUAGUGAUUUUGACCAAUACGCCACAGCCUCAAAUGAAUUGAAUCUGGAUGUGACCACUUUAUUGGCCUACGUAAGUGCCCUGACUAAUGGAUCGGCCAAUUGGGUCUACAAGGAACCCUUGCUCACCGAACAAGCAGAAAGGGAAAGAGCCUCACCUUUGAAGCCUCUAUUGGAAAAAAUCCUUGAAGGGAAAACUUUGGUCUGCUGCCAACUAGCCUACGAUGCCUUCCAAAGUAUUUUAGAUAUUGUGGGUGGCGAGGGCGAAAGAAAACGAGCGAAGGAACUGAUGAAAAGGGUUACAGUUUUUCCAGAUGUUGAAAAUAUACCUGAGGAAUUUUCACACAUACGAUUCACUGCCAAUGUGAACGAGCGAAGUCUGAAAAUCUUUAGUUUUGGGUUGGCCCGAAAAAUUUUUACCGUGACUUCGAAUAAGGCUUUUGUUAGAUCAGCUAAAAUGCAGGGUAUCAAUGUGCCUGUUUUUGUCCAUGCUUCCGUUGCUCUUACUGAGGGUAAACAGGCUACAGGAAGACCACUUUGAAAAGCAAUUUGUUGACUAUUUAAAUAUAUUUUAUCUGGUUUUGUAAAAACUGCGCUUUGGAAAAAAAAUUAAACUUAAAAGAUGAAAUGAGUAUUUUCUGUGCGAAAAUAAUUCUGUGACUAAAUAAAUUUUGUUUUAUUUAAAA